AUAUCUACGAUUUCAAGAACAAGAAGCCACAUUCUGCUAACCUUUAUAGACGCGUUUCCGAAACUAACGUGUGGAGUUUAGUUAACGUAACGCGCUUAAUGGUCGGCUUGAUGACGAAGAACAAACAAGAUUCAAAUCAGCAAAGAGGAGUCAUUAUAAAUCUUCCGAGCACGAUGGCUUACGAACCACCACCUGGUUUAGUUGCUUAUGACAUCACGAAAUCCGCGGUUUCCGGCAUGACGAUCCCUUUAGCUAGAGGACUCGCGUUGCAAAGAAUACGUGUUAUCACAAUUUGUCUUGGUUACAUAGACAGCCCCAUGACAGCUGCAGAAGAAAAAAAGGAAACAAGGCGGUGGAGCACCAUGAUAAGCGCAUUAAAACGCUGCGAAACCUACGAGGAAGUCGCUCAUUUGAUUCAAGCGUGCAUCAAAAAUCCAUUGAUCAAUGACGAGAAUAUACGUAUAGAUAUGGGCUACAGGUAUAAUCAAGGAAGAGAUUCACAAGGACAUUCAAAGUGUUGAAUCUAUGAAAACAUUCAAAGGGAAGCAAACAAAAGCAUAUGUAUUUACAUGCAGGAUAGUCGUGUAAAAUAAAUAUUUAUCUUUUGCAAUAAAUCCUUUUACAAAUAUAUACCCGACAUUAUCUAAUAUAAAAUAGUACUAAAUUG